AGAACCGUGAGAAGUUGGUUGAUGCUGGAGGUGAAUAGUUGGAGACUAGUUGUGCCGGUUGGUUGUCGUGAAUAUUGAAUAAAACUAGUCGUAAUACAGAAUUGUCCCCUCCGAUUUGUGCAGUCUUAAAUUCCAUUUAAUUGAUAUAUUUGCUUGCUAUUCAUUAAGAUGGCGAGUGUAUCGUAUCAAAUAGCAAAUUUACUAGAGAAGAUGACCUCAAGUGAUAAGGAUUUUAGAUUUAUGGCCACCAAUGAUUUGAUGACAGAACUUCAGAAGGACAGCAUUAAAUUGGAUGAUGAUUCCGAACGUAAAGUUGUGAAGAUGUUAUUGCGUUUAUUGGAAGACAAAAAUGGAGAAGUUCAAAAUUUGGCCGUGAAAUGCCUUGGUCCAUUGGUCAACAAAGUAAAGGAAUUCCAGGUAGAAACAAUUGUGGAUGCAUUAUGUGGCAACAUGGUAUCUGAUAAAGAGCAGUUACGUGACAUUUCAAGUAUUGGCCUGAAGACAGUGAUCAGUGAACUUCCACUGGCUUCCAGUGGCCUUGCUUCCAACGUGUGUAAACGCAUCACUGGACGACUUAGUAAUGCAAUUGAGAAGCAAGAAGAUGUAUCAGUGCAACUAGAAGCAUUGGAUAUUCUUGCAGAUUUGUUAUCCAGGUUUGGAGGCUUGCUUAUUAAUUUUCACACUACUAUUCUGGCAGCUUUAUUGCCACAGCUGUCUUCACCACGUCAGGCUGUCAGGAAGAGGACUAUUGUUGCUUUGAGUCACCUGGUCAUGUCGUGUAACCAUCCACUUUAUACUAAGUUGAUCGACUUCCUUUUGGAUGGUCUGUCUCAUGACACUUCCACCUCAACCACUCGGACAUACAUCCAAUGUAUUGCAGCCAUUUGUCGACAAGCAGGCCAUCGAUUUGGUGAGCACAUUGAACGAGUCAUGCCCCUGAUAGUGCGGUACAGUCGAGAGGAAGAUGAUGAGCUCAGGGAGCAUUGUCUGCAAGCCUUCGAAGCAUUUGUACAUCGUUGCCCCAAGGAAAUUACUCCACACAUUCAUACUAUUACAGAGCUAUGCCUGACUUACAUUGUCUAUGACCCCAACUAUAAUUAUGAUGAUGAGGGAGAUGAAGGUGAGGAUGGAGUUGUAAUGGAGACUGAGGAAGAAGCUGAUGAUGAUGACAAUGACGAAUAUUCAGAUGAUGAUGACAUGAGCUGGAAAGUAAGAAGAUCUGCUGCGAAAUGUCUGGAGGCUGUCAUAGCAACCCGACAUGAACUGCUCUGUGAAUUCUACAGGGCACUGUCUCCAGCACUUAUUGCAAGGUUUAAAGAACGAGAGGAAAAUGUGAAGUCAGAUAUUUUCCAUGCAUACAUGGCUCUCCUGAGACAGACAAGACCGUCUGUUGGUGUGAGUCUUGAUCCAGACUGUAUGGACCAGGAAGAGGGACCAGUGUGUAUGCUACAGACACAGGUGCCAGCCAUUGUGAAGGCUGUACACAGCCAGAUGAAGGAAAAGAGCAUCAAGACUCGACAGGACUGCUUCACUCUCCUCAAGGAGCUGGUCAUUGUGCUGCCUGGAGCCCUGACUAAUCAUAUCCCUGCUCUCAUACCAGGCAUUCAGUACUCCCUAGGUGAUAAAAACUCCAGCAGCAACAUGAAGAUUGAUACAUUGGCUUUUGUGUACUGUUUGCUAACAUCACAUCCACCUGAAGUGUUUCAUAGCCACAUGGCUGUGUUAGUUCCACCUGUGAUCACAGCAGUUGCAGAUGGCUUUUAUAAAAUCACUGCUGAGGCACUGCUUGUCCUACAGCAGCUUGUUAAGGUCAUACGUCCUCUAGAUACACCAAGUAAUUUUGACUUCACCCCAUUUACUGGUGAACUGUAUCGUUGCACAUUAAUUCGUCUGAAGGCAGCAGACAUUGAUCAGGAGGUGAAGGAACGGGCAAUAUCUUGUAUGGGUCAGAUCAUCUGUAACCUUGGGGAUUACUUACAGGGUGAACUUCAUACUUGUCUGCCCAUCUUCUUGGACCGUCUUCGCAAUGAGAUCACUAGACUUACUACAGUAAAGGCACUUACUAAAGUAGCUGGUUCACCAUUACGUAUUGAUCUGCGACCAAUUCUGGGUGAAGCAGUGCCAAUACUAGGUUCAUUCCUUCGAAAGAACCAACGUGCACUAAAAUUGAGCACACUAACCUUGUUGGACACGCUUGUACGCAACUACAGCAAUGCCCUAAAUACAGAAUUACUCAAUAAGGUUAUCACUGAGCUGGCUCCACUGCUAAGUGAAGCAGAUCUCCACAUAGCACAGCUGACCCUAACAUUACUGACCUCAAUAGCCCAGUUGCACUCUGCAGCUCUUGCUCGUGUUUCUGAUGGAAUCUUGCCAGAGAUCCUCACGCUAGUCAAAUCACCAUUGUUACAAGGUGCUGCAUUAAAUUCAAUGCUCGAGUUCUUCCAAGCACUUGUGAAAGCUGGGCUUCCUGGACUGGGAUAUAGGGACCUUCUUUCUAUGUUGGUGACCCCAGUCACUCAAGGAAGGAUUGGAGAAUCAGUUCCUGUUCUCCAUAAACAGGCAUUCCACUCUUUAGCGAAAUGUGUGGCAGCACUGACAGUGACUUGGCAGCAGGAGGCUCUGACUGUUGUGGAACAAUUCCUCAGGGAUGUGCAGAAUCCUCGCAAUGAUGCACAACACAUUUUUGCUCUUCUGAUCAUUGGAGAGAUUGGAAGACAUAUUGAUCUGAGCAGUGUCACUAGCCUGAAGCAGGUGAUUCUUAAUUCGUUUUCACCUCCCUCAGAAGAGGUGAAGUCUGCAGCAUCUUAUACUUUAGGCAGUGUUGCUGUUGGCAACUUACCACAGUACCUGCCUUUUGUAUUGCAAGAGAUUGAAGCUCAACCCAAACGGCAGUAUCUGCUUCUACACUCUCUGAAGGAGAUCAUUUCAUGUCAGUCCUCAAGUCCUAGUGGUGUGCAGCUACUCCAGCCAUUUGUGCCUGCAAUUUGGCAGCAGUUGUUCCGACACUGUGAGUGUGGUGAGGAGGGGACACGAAAUGUUGUAGCAGAAUGUUUGGGAAAACUGACACUUAUUGACCCUGCAAGUUUACUGCCAAGAUUACAAGAAUCACUAGUGUCUGAUUCUGCACUUAUGAGAACAACAGUAGUAACAGCAGUCAAGUUCACCAUUUCUGAUCAGCCUCAAGCUAUUGAUCCGCUUCUGCGGCAAAGUAUCGGUCAAUUUCUGAGAACUCUGCAAGAUCCGGACCUGAAUGUGCGUCGAGUAGCUCUCGUAGCUUUCAACUCUGCAGCACAUAACAAACCUUCACUUGUUCGUGACUUGUUAGACUCUGUUCUCCCUCAGUUGUACAGUGAAACUAAAGUUAGGAAAGAACUGAUUCGUGAAGUUGAGAUGGGUCCAUUCAAGCACACUGUGGAUGAUGGUCUGGAUAUUCGUAAAGCAGCUUUCGAGUGUAUGUACACACUCUUGGACUCCUGCCUGGACCGCCUUGACAUAUUUGAGUUCCUGAAUCAUGUUGAAAAUGGUUUGAAAGACCAUUAUGAUAUCAAAAUGUUGACAUACCUCAUGGUUGCACGGUUGGCACAACUUUGUCCCACUGCUGUACUGCAGAGACUGGACAGACUAGUAGAACCCCUUCGUAACACUUGUACCAUGAAGGUGAAGGCCAACUCUGUGAAGCAGGAGUAUGAGAAGCAGGAUGAACUGAAAAGGUCAGCAAUGCGUGCUGUGGCAGCCCUUCUCACCAUUCCUGAUGCAGACAAGAACCCACACCUUAGUGAAUUUGUCUCUCAAAUCAAAACCACUCCUGAGCUUCAACUAAUCUUCGAAUCAAUCCAGAAAGACUCAACAGGAGCUAGCCAAGAUGCAAAUCUUAUGGACCUAAGCUGAGUGAGAUGUGACUUCAAAACUACAAAUUUGGUACUGGCAGCCAUCAAUCUCUCUGCCCAGUGUAUCAUCAGUGUAGUUGGUCAAUUGUUCUGCUUAUCUGUGUCCUUUAUUGUAAAGUAGAUGGCACCUCAGUUGACAGAAUAGAACAGACUGUUUUUUAAACAAAAGGAAGUUUGCUUCAUUCUCAACAAAAAUUCAGAGGUCAAGCGCGAUAUAACCUUACCAAUAGGAAAGUAUGUGAGUUCGGUGUUGACAAUAUUUAUGCAGUAAUGGAAAACUUGUUUGGUAUAAAGUUUAAGCAAUAUACAUAAAACAAAAAUUUUAAAAUGUAUAGACUUAACUUUGGUUUUUCUUCAAAAAAUAGUAUUGCCAACAGUUAAUGUCAUUGUUCUUUUCAUAAUAUUACAUUUAUAGAAAUUAAAUUAUGCAAACAUAAAAUUUCGUAGUUCUUUUUGUUAUUGUUCAGUAUUCUCUUUUCUCCCCCUUCCUUUGAUGUGUUUCUGUAUCAUUUCCCUAUAUUCUGAAUUGUGACAGUGUAAGCUUAUGGUACUGAUCCAAGGUUCAGCAGGUGAAAAAUACUGAGCAUGAGUAAUGUGAGUGAAAAAUAUGGAAAACUGAUUUAUUUGUUGCACUAAAUUUUAAAUUUUGGUAUAUUAAAUACUUGUACUUACAUGUACAUACCUUACUUACAGGUCAGAAGGUACGGAUGGAAACUGAAUUAUUUUAAUUACCAUAGUUUCUUGAAUA